UGGAAGCUGCUCUUCACAGGGAUGAUGUGGAGUUUAUCAGUGACCUGAUCGCCUGCCUUCUUCAAGGUUGUUACCAGCGCAGAGACAUCACAUCCCAGACGUUUCACAGCUACCUGGAGGACAUCAUCAACUACCGCUGGGAGCUGGAGGAGGGGAAACCCAACCCCUUGAGGGAGUCCACCUUCCAGGAGCUGCCCCUGCGCACCCGGGUGGAGAUCCUGCACCGCCUCUGCGACUACCGCCUCGAUGCAGACGAUGUCUUCGACCUCCUCAAGGGCCUGGACGCCGACAGCCUCCGCGUGGAGCCGCUGGGCGAGGACAGCAGCGGGGCCCUGUACUGGUACUUCUAUGGCACGCGGAUGUACAAGGAGGACCCGGUGCAGGGGAAAACCAACGGAGAGCUGGCUCCAGACAGGGGAUGUGGGGGGCAGACAAACACCCCAAAUGUUCCUGGGAAAACAGGCAAGAGACGAGGGCGACCUCCAAAGCGGAAAAAACUACUGGAGGAAAAUUUGCUGAGGGAGAAGGCAGAAGAGAACUUGCUAAUCCAUGAGACUCAGAUAAGAAAUGGGUCCCAAGGGCCUGGCCGUGGAACAUGGUGGCUGCUGUGCCAGACGGAAGAGGAGUGGAGGCAGGUCACAGAGAGCUUCAGAGAGAGGACUUCCCUUAGAGAGCGGCAGCUCUACAAACUCUUGAGUGAAGACUUCCUGCCGGAGAUCUGCAACAUGAUUGCACAGAAGGAGAAGCGUCUGCAGCGGACAGAGUUUUCUCCCAGGUGGAUGUCUGACCAUCAGCCCAUCAAACCAAUCAAGCAGGAGGUAAACCCGAAUGUGCUGAGUUCCAUGGAGAAGCAGAGGCGCAGGGAGGAAGAGGAGGAACGCCAGAUCCUUAUAGCAGUGCAGAAGAGGGAGCAGGAACAGCUGCUAAAGGAGGAGAGGAAGAGAGAGAUGGAGGAAAAGGUCAAAGCAGUGGAAGAACGGGCCAGGAGGAGGAAACUUCGUGAAGAGCGGGCCUGGCUGCUGGCGCAGGGAAAGGAGCUUCCUCCUGAGCUGUCCCACCUGGAUCCCAGUUCCCCUUCCAGGGAAGAGCGAAGGACCAAGGAUAUCUAUGAACUGGAUGAUGAGUUCACAGCCAUGUACAAAGUUCUAGAUGUGGUGAAGGCUCACAAGGACUCUUGGCCCUUCUUGGAGCCUGUUGAUGAAUCCUAUGCUCCCAACUACUACCAGAUCAUUAAGGCCCCCAUGGAUAUCUCUAGCAUGGAGAAGAAGUUAAAUGGAGGUCAGUACUGCACCAAGGAAGAAUUUGUGGGUGAUAUGAAGACCAUGUUCAGGAACUGUCUUAAGUACAACGGUGAAGGCAGUGAAUAUACCAAGAUGGCUUACAACUUAGAGAGGUGUUUCCACCGAGCAAUGAUGAAGCACUUCCCUGGGGAAGAUGGAGACACAGAUGAAGAGUUUUGGAUCAGAGAAGAUGGGAGACGAGAGAAGAGGAGCCGGCGGACCGGCCGCUCCAGCACGGGCAGUGUUUGGACUCGGUCGCGAGACCCAGACGGGCCAGGCAAGAGACAGCAACGCCUGGAAAAUGGAGGAAAACCUCCACCAUAUCGAGCUACUUCCAGGGCUCCUGCUUCUUCCUCUUCUUCUUCUUCCUCCUCCUUCUCCUCGUCCUCUGUAGAGGACCCAAGUGGCAACCCAAUGCAGACUACUCGGGAGGUGGGCCCUUCCAACGGGCGAGGCUUCCCCCGCUCCCUGCAGUACGGCGGCAUGCCCAGCCCUGUGCCACACCCUGGACAGAUGAGACCAGCCGUGCCAGGAACGUUUGGUCCCUUGCGCGGGUCGGAUCCCACGAAGCUGUACGGCUCUCCACGAGUGCCUGAGCCCCAUCCUGGAGACCCGGUCCAGCAGCACCAGCACUUUGCCAUGCAGCCGGCCGUGGGACUGAGCGAGCACCGCGGGCACCGGCUGGCCACUCCGGAGAAGCAGGCGUGCGCGGGACCCACCCACGUCUCCGGCCUCGGCCCCCGACCGGGCACGCUGCAGCUGGGAAGGGUCAGCGGCCCCCCGCCCGACGCCGUCUACCCGCCAGCCCAGUUCCAGCAGGGCUUCCUCCCGCCCAGGCACAACGGGCCCCCGGUGAGGCCGCCGGAGGGCUCGGAGGUCCCCCCGGGGCACAUGUACCGGCCCUACAAGUAUCUGAACCGCGCACACCCAGCCCUGUGGAAUGGCAGCCACGGCCCCGCUGGCCAGGCUGCCAUGGGGCCGGAGGAGAAGGUGCCCAUGGGGCCAGGGCCCUCUCUCCAGCCACGUGCCCUGGGUCAUAUGAUGGACCCCCGGGCCAUGAGGCCGCCGCUGCCUCCCAGCCAGUGGUCAGAGCAAUCGAAUUUCCUACCUCACGGGGUGCCUCCCUCAGGGUAUAUCCGACCGCCCGGGAAAGCCGCCAGCCAGAGGAUGCCACAGCCACCGGCCGCUCUGUUUGGGGCACCGCCUCAGGUUCAGAGAGGGUGCCAGGGCGGGGACUCCAUGAUGGACAGCCCGGAGAUGAUCGCCAUGCAGCAGCUCUCCUCCCGCGUGUGCCCGCCGGGAGUGCCUUACCACCCUCGCCAGCCGCCCCCGCCACACCUCCCCGGACCCUUCCCCCAGCUGGCCCACGCUGCCUCCGCCGCCGGCGUGCAGCCCCCAAAACCUGUCGUGGGAAACGGGAGCUCGCAAGAUCCAACCGGGCAGACCAUGGAGAUGGAGAGCAACCAAGUGGAGACACCAGCAGGCAUGGACGAGAAGGCUCAGUGCAUCAGCAUUCCCGACGGAGCCUAUGCCAAACUCCUACCUCAUCCCAAGCCCCCACUGCCCAUGGAGUGCGCCAGGCGCGCCUUGCCCCCGGAUGGGGAGGCGGAUGGCUCUGGUGUGAAGGGCGAGCUGAAGGCAGGGCAGAGCAAAGGUGCAUGGUCAGCAGAGAGCGGCUACACCGGUGACCCAGGCUGCGUGAGGGACCUGGUGCCCGCCUCCGAAAGAGGGGGUCCCCUGCCUCAGAAUGGGGCGGCGGGCGAGGGGCCGGCAGCCGGCACCGAGGGGAAGGGGCUGACUGCCAACCUGCUGGAGAAGCCCCUCUGUGGUGGGGGCAAGACUCUGCCUGAAGCAGCCGUGCCUUGCAUGGGGCAGGGCACCGGCCUUCCUGGUGUGGAUGCCGGCUCCAUGGGAGCCACCCCCAACCAGUAUCACCCUCUGUACAUGCCUGGUCUGGAAUACCCGAAUUCGGCUGGACGGUACCACAUCAACCCAGGCCUGCAGGGUUUUGGCCCGGUGAUGGGCGGGAAGCCACCUCCUCCUGCCUCCCACCCCCAGCAUUUUCCCCCACGGGGUUUCCAGCCGAGCAGCGCCCACCCCGGCGUCUUCCCGCGGUACCGGCCCCCCCAGGGAAUGCCGUAUCCUUACCAGCCACAGCCUCAACCUUCCUACCACCACUACCAGCGACCGCCCUACUACGCCUGCCCACAGGGAUAUUCGGACUGGCAGAGGCCUCUCCACCCCCAGGCCAGCCCCAGCGGGCAUCCCAGUGCCCACCCGCCCCUGGCCAGAGCCCCGUUCCCAGAGCGGGGGUCCGCGGGCGGCCUGCAGGGCUGCGAGGCACUGAGCGCCGCCCUGGCCUCUCCCAACCGCAUGGACGUAGCAAGUGCCAAAGAGGUUUCUCCAAGUGACGGGCAGGAUCUGGGACCUGAAGAUGAGAAGUCCGAGGAGUCCCAGGAAAGAUCAGAGAGUCCCAAAGAGUUUCUUGAUUUGGACAACCACAAUGCAGCCACAAAGAGGCAAAGCUCGGUGGCAGCGGGGGAGUUCCUCUACGGAGCACCCCCACCUCACCUGAGUGCAGGGAUGGGGUUUGGCCCGUCUGCUUUCCCUCCCCAUGGGGUAAUGCUACAAACUGGCUCUCCUUAUGGAUCCCGACAUCCUGCCAGUCACUUCCAGCCCAGGACAUAUGGAUCGCCCAUGAAUGCCCACCCGUCUCACCAUCCAGCCUCCAGCCAGGCCAACGGCCUCUCUCAGGAGGGCCCCCUGUACCGCUGCCGAGAAGAGAACAUGGGUCACUUUCAGGCCUUGCUGAUGGAGCAGAGAGGCAGUGGAGGUGGCAUGGGGGGGCCACCCCAGGACUUGUAUAGACCCUCGGGAAUGCAAAUGCAUCAGGCUCAAGUUCCCUUCCCGAAGAUGCCUACAGCAACAAUGUCCCGGGAAGAUUUGACAUCACAAAAACCACCAGUGCUGCCUCUGGAUCAAAGCUAGUCCAAGGAAGGAAGGACCUCAUGAAGACGAAAGCCACACAUGAUUUGGACACCCAGGAGGAGGGGCAGGCCUUCCUCCCACCCUCCCCUCGCCCGAGCAGCAUGUAGCUUCCUGGGUCUGUGGAACAUGGUGCCGUGACGGCUUUUGUGUUGGAAACCCGGGGCGGUGCUGGGCCCCAGCCAGCCGAGCAGCUGGCUCCCCACCACAGGGCAAGCACCGCAAAACUAGUGGCUUUCCGUGACCGGAGACUGCGUCUCAUUCAGGGUUUGGGGGAAUUUUCGGGUGGGGAGGGCGGGGGUGGGGGCAGAAACUUUCAUUGACUGCUAAACUCAGGUAUAUUUUUCAGGGUGGAAGAGGACGAUGAUGAAAUUUUACUUGUAGUAUUAACGUGUGUGUUUUGGAGCUGGAUCCAGUUUACAGAAUUUAACCUGUUGCCUUUCUAAAUAAAUUUCUGUUGUUGGUGAAUGUAUUGUACAUAAUGGGGGAGGGAGUGGGCCCAGCUUGUAGUGGGCUUAGCACUGGAGGAAUCGUUAACUGUUUACAAUCAUAUCACACUGAAAUCUUUCAGGAUAGGGUGAGGGUUCAGGGGGGACCGGGGAGAGGCGAGGGAAUGUGUGAUGGAUGACUUGCUGUCCUCCUUCCUGUCCUCUGCAACCAAGACAUGACCCGACAGUUGGUUGACUUAAUAGCAUGAAUUGCUCAGGAGUAUAACAUGUCCUCCACUUUCUCUUGCCUUCUUCCUCCUUCCCUUCUCACCCCCAUCUCCACUCCUCUGGAUCCAGGGCCUGAGUGCACUUCCAGCUCCUGUCAUCAUGGGGGAACAAGGAAACCAGGACCAGGAACUGAAACCAGGGCAGGACACUCAUGGCAUUGUCCCUUCUGCUAGUACAGGACCCUUCUCCCUGCCUUUUUCUGAUAGGAGAAAUGUGUGCUCUAGGAAACAGAAAAUGGCGUAACUGGUCAUCUUAAGACUUAUUUUGGUGAAACCAGCACAGCUGUGGGUGCAGCAGCACCCAUCCAGUAAAACAAACUUUGUGCAAAUCUGUACUGCCCUGCUGCUUGAGGAGAGGAGCCAAGUCCCCACCUUUGUUUCUCUGACCCUGGGCUAUAUUCACUUCUUAGCAGCAGCAAAGCAGAAAGUACCACAGGCUUCCUGACCGCUCUUGCUUGGUAAGGAGGAGGAGCAAGAGGCUACCUUGGGGGAAUGGUAGGAUUACUGCAGUGUGAGCCAUUUGUUGGCCUGUGGAGUUGGAUUUGGCAUUCACAAGUUGCAGGUGAAUCAGAAAGCACUGGUUCAAAGUCAGGUGUUAAGGUGGCACAGCUCAGGGGCUGGGGGACAGGAGGGCUGCGUGCUCGAGUUGAGGUGGUUUUUUUGUCCUCAUUGAUGAUGUAGCAGCAGGUCCUACAGGACUAGUGGCAGCUUCCCUGUGCACAGUCUGCAGGGGCUCUUCUCAGUACUGUACUGUGGAACCUCUGUGUGCCAGCAUCUUGACAACCACUGGUGUUCAAAGGAGUUCGGCAGGACUCUCAUCUGCAUUUAUUCACAUCUUAAAGCUAACAGGCACACACAGUUGGCUGUUCUUGGGGGAGCUGGGGAGUUGUUACUCUACGAGGCUGGGCAGCAAGACUUGCUGGGACCGUAACCUGGUUGUACUGGGGUGGGGACAGUGGUGCAGUUUACAGGAGGAUGUGCCAGUGUGUCAGAUAGAGUAUGCUAGCAAGAGCACAAGCAGCAGCAGAAGGAGGACAGAGCAGCAUGCCCUUUAGUCUGUGGUACCAGCAUGGGGAGGGACUGUCUCCAGGUUUCUGGAGAAUUCUUCUGGCUGCUUUCUUGUCUUGGAUGGUGCCAUCACCUGAAUCUUUAGCUGGAUUUAACAUCCGUGACUGCACCACCUUUGUCCUACUUCGUGUAGAUCUACCAUGUGCUGGCAAAGCUGUUCAAGCAAAUGGCAGGUAGCAUCUGAGUGAGUCGUUACUCCUUCUGUCCUAAGCUUUUGGAAGCACACAAAGCCUAAAAGAUGAGAAAUUACCCUUUCCUGAAAUAGUUAGAACAUGGAAGGACUGCUGUGUUAGUGCCCUCUUACCAAUGAGCCUCACUGCUCUGUUGCUGCAGUACUUUUGCCUCUGAUGAGCUGUGUAAGGCCAAGGCAUUUUCCAAGCCUAACAGGAGUUAAAAUUCAUCUUACAGCUGCAGUUCUCACCCACUGCUGCAGCCAGCAUGUGAACUGUAGCUGCUGGCUGCUUAGGCCAGUGAGUUGCCUGGGACAGCUGGUUCCUCUGCAAGGGAAGAUGUCAGUGUAAUGUGAAUUACUUACAAUAUCUAUCUAUAGGAUACAUUAGGAAAAGGAAGGUGAUUUUUUGGUGUGGUUUUUCUUUUCAGUUGCGUUCAUCUGUCAGGGAGCAGUUGUCACUGGUGGAUUGAUAUGAACUGGAAUAGAUGAUCCUGAAGGUUGUCCUUUGACUGAGAAGUGCUCUCCCCAGCCAAGAACAUUAUGCUAUGGCUCUUCUGAAUUUGUCCCGUAUCUGAGGGUUUGCUGCUGGCUCUUCAGCUGGUAGUUGGUUUUCAGAGGUGCCCCAGCUGCUCCAAAGGCAGCUCUUAGUCCUUCACUGAAAGGAGAUACUGAAGCAGUGAUAGGUAUUUAUAAAAAACUGUGCAAGUAGAACUGCUCUUCAAGACAAUAAACCUGGGACAAACAAGAACACAGUUGCUUCUCCUUGUAAAAUAAUCUUGGGUUCACUGUACAUUUAAAAGCAGAUAAAUGGUAAAAUAUAACUUGUAGCAAAGUAUUCAAAACUCUAGAAAUGUGAAUGUAGAUCCUGCAAACAAUCCCUGCCGUACUUCAGCCUGUGUCCUCUGUAUCACAGACAGCCACCCAAAUAUUUGAAGUGCCUUUCAUUCAGCUCAUUGUGAACGUUGUGGAACAGGAGGGUUUUAGAAGCUGUAAAAAGUCCCCAAGCAAGCUGAAGCACACUUCAGCUGGAACUGGCACUGAAAACGUGGUUCUAGUGGUCACAGGGUCUAGAUGAGUACCAAGCCCAGGCCAAAACAGGGGCUGAACAAGAAAGGCAAGAAUUGCUUGUGGUCUGCCUGGAGAGCACAGUGGAGUGUUAGACAGUGAUAGAUACCCCGAGGAACCUGUAUGGAGUGUGCAACAGGAAGAUAUUUUCCCUUACCCGACAUAAUGCAAGUCUGGGGGAAAGAUUUGUCUUGCAGGUGGUAGACAAAAGACAGUAGUGAAGCUGUCUCCUCCUGGGAGGGUUUCUAGGUAAAUGGCUUUUGAUGUAGUCAGUAAUUCUUAUUAAAGAGACUAACAAGCUGCUGUUGUGAGGACAGAUGGUUUCUAUUAGAAAAGUACUAAUAUAGCAUAGGGGGAACAAUGGCUGGGCUACAGGGAUAGGGCUAUCCUGAGGACAGGACAUGCUGAGAUGGAGAGCUGGUUGUGGAACCUUAGCUCAGAAUAAUAUUUUAACACAAUAGAGAGAAAUUCUAGUCACUGGUUGGAAGCCCUCUGUCUCACCCCCCCAGCAUUGUUGUUGCACAAUAUAUUACCAGUUGGUCCUUUCUCAGAAAGCAUCCUGAGCUGGUGACUUUGUAAAGUUUCCUGUAGCUAUUACUUUUUCCAUACAGAGGAUGUAUUUUGCUAUAAUUAUGGAUUUCAUGUUAAACAAGACUGUAUAAUACACAGAACAAAGAUGAUGUUGGCCAUGCUGAAGCAUGACAAAAAUUUCCAAUAUUCUCAGAAGAGCUUUGUAUGCCACUCUGGCUUUGUAUGCCACUCUGGCAUCUUGCUCUCCCCACCACCUUGUCCUCUGUAAGUGGUGUGUGGUGUUCCCAAGCUCCCAAGAUAUCAAGUUGCUUUUGUAAAAGCUGCUUUAUAAACUACCCCAGGGACUCUGAAGCUUUGGACGUCUUAGAGUAGGACAGGCCCAGGCAAUUCAACUAGAAGGGCAGUCACUGAGGCUUCACAGUGACUUUUAGCUGUGUUUAGCAGAAGUUUGCAGUCUGUAAAUUCCAUGGUGUAUCCCACCAAACCACUCAGUAGCAAUCCAAGGCACCAGCCUGCAAUGAAGAGGACAAAAGGGGAAAGUAAAUUUGAGGCUUCAAGGCCCAACUGGUUGGAUUUGUGACUUUAAAGUACAUGGAGACACUUUUCUUGGAAGAGCUGCUGAUUCUUUGUUGUCUGCCAAAUGCCUUUCCCAUGCAGACUUUCCGAAGCAAAUCGUCUGUGUAUAUUUUUGUAAGUGUGGUUUCUCGGGGUCUUGGAGAGCUAUCAGCUUCUUGAUGUCUUAUCUGAAAGCUAGUCACAGAGGCUGUCUUUCAUUCCGCUGACUGAGGCAGCUCUCCUGAAGCUUCUCACCCCAACACUUCUCCAUUUAAAAUGAAGGUAUAAUUAGAAAACAACCUCCCUUUAUUUCCUCCACUGAUCUCUGUCAGGCUUUUGUGCAUCUCUGUGUUCAACUAGGGCUGUUUCUUUGUUCUUGAUGGCUUUGUUCUGCUUUCUUUUUCCAAGAAGACUGUGUUGCUGUAUGAACUGUGGAAUUUCAGAGAAGGUGCUGAACUGAGUGACAAAGAAGUGUCAUCCCAAGGGGUGGCUUGGAGAAGAACAGCAGGGGAAUUUGUGACAGUGUAGUUGCUCCUGGUUCCUCUCACUGCAGAGCAACCACACAACUGGGCCUGCACUUAAUCAGGGCAACCCCUUAAAAAGUUUUUACUGCGGUGCAUCGGUGGCAGAGAAGUUUGCUCUUGCAGAAUUCCUGUUUUGCCUUGAGUCGGGUGCUGGCUGUUGGAGAGCAGGUGUGUGGGAGCCGUAUCCUUUCCGUAAGGCCGAGAUUGAGAUAGCAGGCUGGGAAAGUGGGGUUGCAGCUGCAGGCCAUGUGACAAGCUUUAAGAGCGUGUGCUCAUUGUAGCCGAGAAAGCAUCUCAAACGUUGACCUUCCAGCCUUUCCCCAUCUGUACCUGUUUAACAUACAGAUGGGGGUGAGCACACUGGGGCUUGGCAGGACCCCUGCCGCCCAUGCGGAAGGAAAACGCUUUUAACCGGCACAUAAUGAACUGCGCGCUCCGGUUCUCACUCCCUGCCUGCUGCCCACCUCCCGCUCUGAAAAAGAGCUGGGGAGGGACCCACUUCCAGCUGUCUCCCCGUAGGAGCUCCUGGGGAUGACAAGAGCAAGGCUCAGUCCACCCCUAGGCAAGGAGGUUCAGGACAGAGGUUUUAUUUGAAACUAGAUGGUAACAUCCAAGCGUACCUUUGAAGCAGAGGUUGUAGCGAGCUGUGUGGUGCUGUUCUCUUUUUGGUGCUGUUCUCUUUUUGGUGACUGUCCUGCCUCGGCUCACGUGCAGGAUUUGAGAGACCAUGGAGCGUUUUGUAGAUUUAACACUGCUGGUGUGGCAUUGACUGAGGGCUCUUUUCCUUCAUUUGCAGCAGUGGCCUAGAUUUCUUUUGGCGAAGGUCUUCCUCUUUUUGAAGCAUGGAUAUCAAAGUAGACUGUGCAUCCAGGAGAGAGCAAGGGCUAUGUCCACCAGUGGAAGAGGGGACAAAGGAUUAAUUAGGGCUGAGGCUUAACUGAGAUUUUCACUAACUCUGGCAAGCCCCUCCGUCCUUUGCCCCUUUUAUUUGGAAAUACUUGGCUCACUUAGCAGAAGGGCAGUAAGUGGAAUAUCUUCUAAAUAAAAGUGGAACUGGCUCUGUGUGGGUAAAAUUCCCUUGUUGUGAACAAAGUUGGACCAGACAGCCAUAAAGGACUCCUUUGGGCAUCAAAUGAUGAAGAGGCACACAGACACCUGGUGCUCUCAAACAUUUUGGAGCAUGGCAGAGGAGUGAUCUCCCUUUCUGAAGCCAGCCAGGCAGCUACAGGAGCUCAGGCCUCAACUUGUAGUCUGAAAAGUCCUCUGAUCCCCUUUUGUGUCAUAUGCCAACACUUUCCCUCUCCUUGCUUCCUAGCUUUCAAGUUCUUUUCCCUCUGCUCGCUUCGCUGCAGUCGGUUGCUGUCAAGUGCAGAGAUGAAAGCUCACUGCCCACGCGAGCACAAGGGCAGAAGGUUGAACUUGCCAGCUGUCUCCUCUGCACAGGCAUACAGACAGCAGGUGGGGAGAACACAUUUACUCUCCUCAUGAAAUUAAGGUGUCCUCAGUGGCUCACGAGUGUUCUCUCGUGUGCCCCUGGGGUUUGCCACCCUGGCACAGCGACGUCUGUCCCUCUGCCAGCACAAGGAUUUGCUCCUGGUCCCUCUGCAGGGUUCCAACACAUGGUCCUGGCGUGUCUACUUCCAAGGGGGUUUAGAUUAAAAAAAUAUAUUCUGUACAACUGUGAAAACUCUUGUCUCUCUUCCAUGAUCUAUCAAUGAACAUUGCUGCCUGAUCUUUUUCCAAGCAAUAAUAAUGUGCAGCAGUGCAACUUUGAUGUUCCCACGCUGUUUCACGGAGUGGAUGGCUAUGGAAGCUGCCAGGCUUCACAGUUUCAAUGGGAAGCAAGGUGCUUUCUGUGGCCCUGCAUUUUAUCUGUGCCACAUUCCUGCUUUCCCAGAGACUGGCGGGUUGAUUUAGGUGGCCCUGAGAGAGCUGGUUGCUGCUUCUGUGUUAGGGAAGGCAGAAAGAGGAGGGAGCAAGUUGGUAAAGUUGAGCCUCAUCCACAAAGCAGAGCAUAUGUAAAGAGGGGUUGCCUGUUGCUGCCAUGGAGCAAGGGGUGGGUGGACCACUGAUUUAAUGCCUCUGGGGGAGGAGAGUGACCCACUGCUGCUUCACUUGGCAUUGAUGGGGAGGCAGGAGAGCCGAUGCCACUAUGUCCAUUCAUUUUUCUGAAGUUGGGUAACAUUGGUUUUUUGGGUUUUUUUGUAUUAUUGUAAGUUUGUAAAGAAUGUAAUCUGUCGGGGGCACAAGGAGAAAACGGGGGCCUUUCUUUUUUUUGGGUGAGGCUGUUCUUAUGUUGCUGUGUUUUUUGUUGUUGGGCAGGGAGGGGUCUAAGAGGCCAUGGGGCAAAAGCCUGGCCCUUGUCAACUGCUUGCAACUGUCCCAGGGCGACAGGAGGGUGAGCUGAUGCUGCAGCAGAGACCUCCCACACCAAGCUGUGAAAACGACCUCUGCCUGUGUCCCUCUGUGGGGGAAUCUGACCUGCGUGGGGUUCUGCACUGGCACGCCUUGCUGGGGGUGGGAUGUAACACUCAAAGACUGGUCUUGCUUGUCUUUGACUCAAGUAGAAACUGGGCUGGGCAGCUGCCCGUGCUGUUUAUGGAAGGCUGGAUUUAAUAGCCUGAGUUUCUCAGUGCAAGAAGGAGUUCAUGCUGGAGCUGCUCGCCCCAGCACUUCUUUCCCCAGCAGGAGCUCAGGUGCUGCACCUCUCCCAUCACCUGCUGCCCAGGAGCCCUGGUUCUCACCCCUGCCUCCCUUCCCAUCCCGUAGAGCACAGUGUCAGGGAUCCUCUUCUCUCUCCUGCUGCUGCAAAGUUGUGUGAACUUUCCUGGUCAAUACUGGAAAGGGGAAUGCUAUUUAUUUUUAUAUUGUGUAUAUUUUGUCUUGGUCUGCUGAUUACCUUUGUUCCCCAAGAGCGACAGUUACCUCAAUAGUUAGUUUAAUACUGUGUGUUGGGUAAUUUUUUUAAAGAACUUUUUUAAAAUCUUGAUCCUUGGAGGUCUGUAGAUUUUAUUUCCAUAUAAA